CUUAAAACUUAGAUCUUUUUAGCGGUGUUUAGGCCUCACGAUGGCUUCAAUUUCACCGGACUAAGAUACUACCUAAUGUAAUGGAACCGCAAGAGCGGAGUUUCCUAAUUCGGUCCCGCCUAUCCCGAUCUGAUUUUAACAUAUAAGUCGCUUGCCGGCGGAAAGCCAAUUUCAUAUAUUUUACAUAGAAACGCAUACUGCCACCUUAACUCCGAUUUAUUUAUCUCAUUCUCGCUUUUAGAAUAUACACUUAAUACAGUACACAAUAGAGCGCAAAUAUCAUACACUCAUAAUGGACUACACAACGCCUCCGUUCGAGGUCUCCUUUAAGGGACUACUCUUCGACAUGGACGGCACAAUCAUCGAUUCGACAGCCGCAGUCGUCAAGCACUGGCAAACGAUCGGAAAUGAAAUCGGUGUAGACCCGGAGGUCAUCCUGCAGACGUCUCACGGCCGUCGGAGCAUAGACAUGCUCAAGAUGCUCAGUCCGGACAAGGCCAACUGGGAAUAUGUGAGACAUAUGGAGGGCUUACUCCCGAAACUGCACGGCGCAGACGCCGUCGAGAUUCCAGGCGCGAGAGCCCUCCUUGACGCCUUGAUCGCUGCGUCUGCGCGCUGGGCCAUCGUGACUUCGGGCACCGAGCCGUUGGUAACGGGUUGGCUUGACGUGUUGAAGCUGCCGCAUCCAACGAACUUGGUCACUGCUGAGUCCGUCGCCAACGGAAAGCCCGACCCAGCAUGCUACGAUCUGGGGCGAGAGAAGCUCGGGCUCAGUUCUGAUGACAGCCCUGAUAUCCUCGUCUUGGAAGAUAGCCCUGCUGGUAUCAGAUCCGGCAAGGCUGCAGGAUGUAAGGUGCUGGGCUUGGUUACGAGCCACACGACCGAACAGGUACUUGCCGCCGAGCCCGAUUGGAUCGUCCGAGAUCUGCAGUCCGUCAAAAUGGUCCGAAGCGAGAAAGACGGCUCCGUGACGCUACAGAUAUCAGAUGCCUUGGCUGUUCCAUCCGCAUCUGUUUCAAAUGGGAUUUGAUGGAUGAAGAACCGAUAAUUCAAAGACAUUACAACGCCGCAAUUUCCAGAGUCUUAGCAGUUGUAGCAGUAACCUAGGUGACCGGACACGCCGUCAAAGUCACAGCGUGCCAAGACAUUUCAAUUACAUUGAUGGAGGACCAUUUCCUUACAAUGUAGUUACAAUCUUGGCAUUUUCUAUUCACAUAUACCUCCCUCGUUCGGCAUAUAGACUGGGAUAUCGGGCUUCGUAAAGCGGGCCGGGUAACUUCCGGAGUGAGCCUCCACGGGAAGACAAUAUAGGGGUCGACUGUAAUAAAUUAUAGAGAGCUUAUUUGGCCGAAAUUAUAAUAGAUUUAACGGGUCUGAUUAUAUAAAC